UCAGAGGACUACGAAGACGGCGUAGCAGACUAUCUCGAUGCCAUUGAUCCAGAAGUUCAAGUGAUCAACAACUUGACCAAUAUUCAAAACUCAAUCUUUGUUCCUCAUAUACCCUCUCUCUGGAAUCGUCGAGUCAAUCACGACCUUCCCACUCCCGUCGAUGGUGCCGAAGACCAUAUCCCUGCCUGGAUCGAAAUGGACGAGGACGAGAGGGACGAGCUAGAUUACCAUGUUCAUCAUCUCCUGACGCGACCUCAAAAGCUCAGGCGAGGUCUCCGGGGCUUCGGCGUUUGGGUCAGGACACCGAUGGGCUUCAUCAUGCUCACCUAUGGAGUUCUAGUGGCCGGAUGGGGUAUCGUCAUCAUGCUCUUCAUCUGGAAGUGGAUCGACCUACACGACCCCGAAAGACAACGCUGGUGGGAAGAGAUUUGUGACAGAAUUCUGUGCAGUCUCUUUGCCGCCAUUGGUAUUGGAUUUGCUCCCUUCCGAAUCGUCGACACGUACAGAAUGAUCCACAUCGCACACUUUCACCGCCUCAGUUGGAAGCGCAGGAAGCAGCUGGAUCUACCCAAGCUGUCGGAUCCAAAUGAUCUUCCCCAGAUCAUCAAGGAGCGCGAGGACGUGGUCGUCCUCACUCCAGACGAGCAAGCAACGCUAUCUCACCAUCAAAGAAAACUCCACCAAAGUCACUCCUUUUACCGGUAUCACGAAACCGCUACGCACCGCGCUUGGCCUCUUGACCUCCUCAUCACCAUCGUCUGCCUCCUCGAUGCUCACAGUAUGCUACAAAGUUGCUUGGUGGGCGUCACAGCAGGUAUCGACUACCACGUGCGUCCUACUUCCCUCACAGCGGGUCUCAUUGCCUGCUCUCUCUCCUGCAAUGCCGUUGCCGGGUUCCUCAUCUAUUGGGGAGGAAGGAAGACGAAAAAGUCCGAAGAGGUGGAAAGGAGACUCAAGAUCGCCAUUGAGGAAGAG